CCCGUAAACUUGGACCGACCAUAUAUGACCUUUUAUCUGCUUGGAACUCCCUCACUGCUCAUAAUCCUCACAUUUCAGCGCUAUUGGUCAACGACCAUAGGUGAAUCUCCCCAUGAAGCUUGUCUUUUCGGACGACUUUGUUCGUCAUGCAACAGUCAGCGAUGAAUUUGGCAACGUCCUCUACAAAGUGACCACCUCUGCAUGUGAGGGGAUCAGGACCCCACGGAGAUCAACGGUGUGGAAGGCAGUCCCUGGUCGUGCCAUCCCCGUGGACGGCCAUGCUCCCUCGCAUGAAACCAGCCAUGAACAGGAUCUCGUGCACGAGGGGUUUAGGAAGCUUGGGGAGAUUGAAUGGCAUACAUUCUCUCCUUCGAAGCUUCGUAUGUUUGAGAAUGGUGGUGGUUUAGCUGACUUAAGCGGUGAGGGGAUGAAUUCCAAGGAAUUCAUUCCAGCCAAAGGUAGACUUCGUCGUGAACGUGCCUUCAAGGGCCCAGAUGGUCACACUUAUCGCUGGGAGCUGGGUCUCUUGAAAUGCACGCUAUAUCGGGAUGAUGGCACCUCUAACCCUUUCCCAAUUGCAAAAUAUCACCGACGCCGCAACUUCUGGCUCCCGUUCAUCAAUUCCCAGGAUGGUGGCUAUCUCGACAUAAAUGCUACAGUACGAAGUGCCGCCGACGUAGACGCGAAGAGUGCUGAUGGCUUUUCGGUGGCCGAAUCACGUACCGUGUGUGAUACCGCGAGUGUGACCUCUGGAAAGGAUGUGGAGUCUCUGGUUCCGAGUGAACCAUCCGAACCGGAUGGUAAUAUGCUUGAUUUGCUUGUUUUCACGUACAUUUAUGUGGAAAAGCUGAGGAAGGACAGGGAGCAUUGCAUGCACCCCAAAGAUCCCUGGACGAUCUGGGGGAUGAUACACGCCUAGUCAUUGGUAUUGAUGCGUUACCAAUCCCUUCAAGUACAUGAUCUAUGUCGCCGACUUUCGUCUUCGUUUAUGAUUCUACUCUGCUCCGUUAAUUCGCGAAGGCUAUAUCUCGAGUUACUGUAAUCACAGCGUCUCGUUGGACAAUUUGUUCUGCGCUAGGUUAUGAACAAGACCGAG